AUGUUUCAAAGAUCAUUGGUAAAUAGGAGCUGGGAGGUGGUAUAUUGUGGAGAUGAGUACACAGCCUCUCAAGUGAAAAACAAUGAAGGAGCCUGCCCAUCUCAAGAUACAGGUUGUGCUGUUUGUUUACCAUCUCCACCUCCUCCACCUCUUCCACCUCCUUCACCUCCAUCACCACCACCUCUGUGACCUCCACCUCCUCCACCUCUACCACUGCCACCUCCACCAUCUUCAGCUCCAUUACCCACACCUCCACGACCUCCUCCACCUCCUGCACCUCCAUCACCCCCACCUCUGCCACCUCCUCCACCACCACCUCCAUCACCUCCACCACCUCCUCCACCACCACCUCCAUCACCCCCACCUCUGCCACCUCCUCCACCUCCACCACCUCCUCCAUCACCACCUCCAUCACCCCCACCUCUGCCACCUCCUCCACCUCCACCACCUCCUCCACCUCCACCACCUCCUCCAUCACCACCUCCAUCACCCCCACCUCUGCCACCUCCUCCACCUCCACCACCUCCUCCACCUCCACCACCUCCUCCAUCACCACCUCCAUCACCCCCACCUCUGCCACCUCCGCCACCUCCACCACCUCUUCCACCUCCACCACCUCCUCCACCUUCACCACCUCCUCCACCACCACCUCCAUCACCUCAACCUCCUCCACCUCCUCCACCUCCACCACCUCCUCCACCACCACCUCCAUCACCCCCACCUCUGCCACCUCCUCCACCUCCACCACCUCCUCCACCUCCACCACCUCCUCCAUCACCACCUCCAUCACCCCCACCUCUGCCACCUCCUCCACCUCCACCACCUCCUCCACCUCCACCACCUCCUCCAUCACCACCUCCAUCACCCCCACCUCUGCCACCUCCGCCACCUCCACCACCUCCUCCACCUCCACCACCUCCUCCACCUUCACCACCUCCUCCACCACCACCUCCAUCACCUCAACCUCCUCCACCUCCUCCACCUCCACCACCUCCUCCACCACCACCUCCAUCACCCCCACCUCUGCCACCUCCUCCACCUCCACCACCUCCUCCACCUCCACCACCUCCUCUAUCACCACCUCCAUCACUCCCACCUCCUCCACCUCCUCCACCUCCACCACCUCCUCCACCAUCACCUCCAUCACCUCAACCUCCUCCACCUCCUCUACUUCCAUCUCUUCCACCUCCAUCUCCUCCACCUCCUCCAUGUCUAUCAUCACCACCUCCUCUACCUCUACUAUCUCUAUCACCACCACCUCCACCUCCACCAUCUCCACCAUCACCUCCGCCUGCAUCGCCUCUGUCACCACGAGAACCACUUCUACCAGCAACACCUCCACUUCUGUCACCUCCACCACCUCCACCUCCACUGCCUCUACUACCACGACCUCCAUCACCACCCCCACCUCUACUAUCGCCAUGUCCAUGACCACCUCCACCUCCACCACCUCCACCGCCCCCCCCACCCCCCCCCCCCCCCCCCCCCCCCCCCCCCCCCGCUCCCCCCACCCCACCACCUGCCCCCCCCCCCCCCCGCCCCCAACCCCCUUCUCCGCCCCGCCCCCCCCCCCCCCCCCCCCCCCCGCCCCCCCCCCCCCCCGAGAUAUGUUCACAGCAUCGUCACGAUGACCAUUACCACCACUGCACCUCCUUCACUGCAACGACCACCAUUAUGUGCACCGUCAUCACCGUCCCUGCUGUCAUUAUCGCCACCAUGAUGGCCAUGCUGUCACUACCAACAUGGCCACCAUCAUCACCAUGA